AUGCUCCCACCCAUCCAGCCGCCCAACCCAGUCGGCGUAGGCACCCGCCGGCCAACCCAGAUUGCGUACCGGCCGUCCUUCGAGCCAUUCACGACGACGCAGUACAUGACCCCCGAGUCCGAGUCGUGGCGUCUUGAAGAGCUCGAGCGCUACCAAGUCGACAACCUCAUCCUUGACGACAUCAAGAUCGCCGAGAGCAUGCUCAGACCGACACACACGCCGUCCAACCAGCACUUCUGGUUCAAGGAGUUUUUCCCCCGCAUCGCCUAUGAGUGGUGCUUCUGGUACGACCGAACCGUGACGUCCGACGAGGUCGACCAGCGCCUCGCGGCACUCAUCAACGACAUGCUGUACGCGUUCCACCACCGCAUCGUCGACCAAGCCACGCGCCAGCGCUACUCGGUCUGGGAGCUGCUCGAGAGCGUGCGCGCCCGCCUGUUCACCGACACGAUGGGCUAUCGCUGGGAGGACGAGCGUCCUCGCGGCGACCCAGGUCCCAAGACACUGCGGCACAAGACCCUAUCAGCAUACUAUGACCGUCUCACCACGCUGGGCAGCCACCUUGCCAGCGUGGUCGGUGACGGCGAGCUGGUCUACCACUCUGAUCCGGCAGCGUACCACGCACUACUGCGUGACAUUAUCUGUGCGCCGCUCGCGCACCACCAUGGCGAGUGGCCAGCUGGUGGCCCAGCAGAUGGCACGCAGCAGGAGGCUCUUGACCGCAUCAUCCGCGAGCUGAGUCGCGGGGGCGGUGACCGUCGUGACGUGCUCUGCGGGCCGAAGACCACGGACCGCAAGAUCAACAUCUCACGCCCUGGAGUCGAUGCAGGCUUAGCGAGCCAGCCAAGCAGCGAGCUGCGCUUCCUCCCAUGGAGGAUCCUGCGGUCGAGGCUCGGCAACGACAGGUUCCGCUACCUCUUCCUCACGACGGCGCUGUUCGCGCAGCUCGGUAACAACUGCUACAUGCAGCUGUCCGGGCCACCGAUAUACAAGCUCUACGACCAGGUCAAGGCCAGGCGCGAGAUCAAGCCCGCGCCGAAGCGCAAGGCCGUCGACAAGGGCCGCGAGCGGCCCAAGCGUCGUAAAGGCGAGGCAGGGGCGCCGAUCGCCAACGUGCCGUCGACCAAGGCGGCCGACUUGAUCCUUGCUCGCCAGGUAAUGUUCUACGGCAGGCCGUCGCGAACGGCGUCGAGGACUAUUGUAUAUGGUCUUCCGCGGAGCCACCCCUUGAACAAGUUCUACAGCGACCCGUCGCACCUCCCCACGGAUCAAGAAUGCCUCGAGCUCCUCCGCGUCGUGUUCCCUUCGACGCCGGCUGACGAGAGCGCACUCAAGGGCAAGCGUACAGGGCAGAUGCUGGGCGUGAUGCGCGAGCUGCUGGUAGCCCAGAAGAAGAUCAACUAUCGUGCUCUCCUCCGCAUGUGUGUCGACCGGCAGAGGGAUGUUGAUCUGGAGUCUUACCCCUCGCUCCCGCCUAAGCCGUUAAAGCGAGGUCGCCCAACGAAGCCGGACGAUGUGCCGGUGCAGCAUCAACCGCCAUCCCUGCCAACCUCGACACCAAAACCAGCUCCCCCGCUCGAGCCGCUGUCUCAUAAUCAGGUCUGCCGGUUCCUGUCUUCGGUGCUGCACAAGCUGCUCUCAGGCUAUAUCACAGGUUGCGAGCACAACCGCAAUGUGAUCAGUCGAAAUGCCCACGCGCUUGUUCGCGCAAAGAUGUACGAGCCGAUCAGCGUCCACUCGCUCUUGCAGGGCCUGCGUAUCAACGACUUGGCCUGGCUUGCCGUGGGGGAGGACCGGCGUGUGCCUCCCCAGGAGGCUAUCAAGCGUCGCCAGCUUGCCCAGGAGUUUCUAACUUGGCUCUUCGAUUCUUACCUCAUCCCUUUGCUACGAUCGUCUUUCUACAUCACUGAGAUGGCAGAGACACGCUACGAGACCGUGUACUACCCGCACGACCAGUGGGCGCGGGCAGCCGAACCCCAUCUGAGGGUGCUCGAGAACAACCUUCUCGAAGAGCUGGACCAGGAGGCGGCGGAUACGGCCAUCAACGGGCAGCUCGGUGUCUCCGCCGUGCGGCUCAUCCCCAAGCCGACCGGUUUCCGACCCAUCGUCAACCUAGGGCGACGAAUCCGUGUUCAGAAUGCCCUCGGUGUAUCGAGCAAUCAGCCGGCCGUGACUACGGCAAACGACAUCCUCCGCACUGUCCACCAGGUGCUCACGUUCGAGAAGAACCGCAAACGCGCAUCACUAGGCGCGUCCCUCUUCGGCACGAACGAGAUCUUCACUCCUGUCAAUGAACUCAAGACCGAGCUCGUGGCUAAACAUGGUGCUCUGCCCAGGCUCUACUUUGCCAAGAUGGAUAUCAAGGCUGCCUUCGACACCAUCAAGCAGGACAAGAUGCUGCAGAUUGUGGAACGGCUCCUGGACGAGGACUACGACUACUGCUUAAUGAUGUACUGCAUGCUGCUCCCACCCGCGAGCAAGGCGUCCCAAGGAACCGCAAGGCGGCUGUUCAAGACUCGCGCCGACGUGAAUGAGGGCGACGUCUCAAACUUUACCCAGUACGCUCGAGACAUUGCUCGGCCGUACCGCAAUGCCGUCCUUGUGGACAUGGUUCGGCGGAAGGAGGUCACUCGAGACCACUGUGUGCAGCUCCUGCGAACACACAUCCAGAGUAACGUGUGGAAGGUCAACAACAAGUUCUUUCGCCAGAGGACUGGCAUUCCCCAGGGCUCGACGAUCUCCAGUCUGCUGUGCUCCUUCUUCUACGCCGCCAUGGAGGCAGAACACCUCAAGUGGACAAGGCGGCCUGGGACACGCUUGCUUCGCUAUAUUGACGACUUCCUCCUCAUCACGGACGACUACAAGGUGGCACGGAGCUUCGUGGAGACGAUGCACCGCGGCUUCCCCGACUACGGCGCAUUUGUGUCCCCCAACAAGACGCUGCUGUCCUUUGAGCUGGCACCAGGUGGCCUAGCUGCCCCCGUGGCGCCGAUGCACAAAGAUGGCUCAUGCUACUUCCCCUACUGCGGGUUCCUCAUCGACGCGACCACGCUGGAUAUGAGUAUCGACCAUGAUCGCCUGCUGACUGGCCCUACGCGCCAGUCAUUCGCCCUCCGGUCGAGUCGCAACCGCGGCGCAGCCUUUGUCGGUUGGUUCAGCAGGCAGCUCGAGAACCGCAACCAUGUGGCUUUUCUCGAUACACACCACAACGACCUGGACACGGUGUAUCUCAACGUAUUCCUCAACUUUGGCCUGACGGCGAUGAAGAUUCCACACUACUUUGGCCUGGGCUCGACUGUGCAUCAAGUCCGAGCAGAUCUUGUGUAUGCGUGGCUGCUCUUGUCCAUCGACUACACGUACAGUGCCGGUCGUGCCCGUGUGCGUCAUCAUACGCGUGGUGAUGAGCACGAGCACUUCAAUAUCGGCCGUGCGGCAUUUGGAUUCCUCGCGAAGACCGCCAUACACCACGUCCUUGUCCGCCAAGCUUCACGCUUCGGCUCUGUUGCCAACCGAUUUGAGCGCGACCUCAUGAGCAAAGGCAGUAGAGGCUUUGCAGCGCGCUUGAGCGGUGUCGUGAACCGCGGGCUAGACAUCAUAGACCGGGCAAAGUUUUAGUUGCCCCAACCUGUACGAGC